CAGGCGAUGCGAAUGAUACCAUACAUUUACUUGAGACGUGUUUCAAGAGUGUAAAGCUAAAAUGGCACAGCAUUAACACGUUACGUCACCAUGGCCGGCAUGGGAAAACUGCAGCUGCUUUGCAAAAAAAAAGAUAUACCUUACAUGAUAACCUGGAAGAAACUGAGAUAACCUGUGCACAAUUCCAGUAAGAUGAUUCUUUGAAUAAAGAUGUUCUGGAGACUCUGCUGCCAAGCUGGAGUAGUCUGUAUGGUGGCAUACUUGACAUUAAAACUACUCCAAACGGAACAGUUUGACACCUUUUCAAAUAAUGUUCUGUUCCCGAAGUUAAGUGCAGUGUUGAAUAUAUUAGAGACAUCAGAGCAUGGACAUUCAUCCGAUGCCUAUCUAGUCAAAGCUGUGUGGACCAAAGAAGAUGACAUGGAACUAUUUAAAGUUGGUAUGGUGAGAAAUAAAACAGAUGAAAAUAUCUUAAGUGAAGGUAUGGCUCACCAUGGUUUCAAUGAGCUGCUCAGUGAGAGGCUUGGGGAGAUCAGACCUAUCAAAGACUCCAGGAAUACAUUGUGCCAGGAGCAGCAGUACCCAGAGGACCUGCCCAUGGCCAGCGUGGUCAUGUGUUUCUACAACGAAGCGUGGUCUACUCUCGUCAGAUCCGUUCAGACAAUCCUCAUACGGACCCCUGCAAAGUAUCUCCAUGAGAUCAUAUUGGUGGAUGAUGCAAGUACAUUUGACCACCUCAAGGCUCGUCUGUCCAGGUAUAUACAGGACCUGUCGAAGGUGAAAUUAGUCCGCAGUACAGAGAGGCUGGGACUGAUUCGAGCCAGGAUACUGGGAGCUAGGCAAGCCACUGGACAGGUUCUGGUGUUUCUCGACAGUCACAUAGAAGUGAACAGUCAAUGGUUGGAGCCGCUCCUGUCCCGGAUCAAGGAACAGCGGACUACGGUGGUGGUGCCAGUCGUGGACAUGAUUGACGCCGACACCUUCAUGUACCGCUCGUCACACCUUGUCCGCGGAGGAUUCACCUGGUCCCUGCUCCACAGAUGGGACGGGCUGCCACCGAGAUACCAGAAAAAUAUUGAUAAACUUAUUGAUCCCAUUGAAACUCCUACUAUGCCUGGUGGAUUGUUUGCCAUGGACCGAUCUUACUUUCAUGAGCUUGGAGAGUAUGAUUCUCAAAUGGAUGUUUGGGGAGGUGAAAACAUUGAAAUAUCUUUCCGGAUCUGGCAGUGCGGAGGUCGGAUGGAAAUAGUCCCGUGUUCUCGAGUGGGUCAUGUAUUCCGACACUUCCGACCGUAUGGUUCGCCCAGUGGAAUUGAUACAACAACACGAAACUCACUAAGGGUGGCUCUUGUAUGGAUGGACAAGUAUAAGGAUUAUUUCUAUGAACUGAAGCCUCUGGCUAGAGAUAUGGAUGCUGGGGACAUCACAGAGAGAGUGGAGCUCAGGAAACGGCUCGGUUGUCAAAGCUUCAAGUGGUACCUGGAUAAUGUGUACCCAGAACAGGUGGUUCCUGGACAGAAAGCCAAAUAUCCAGGAAUGCUUGGAACGCCCUUCAAUAUGAGAGAUGACCAACCUCAUGAGGUCCAGAGGGGACAGCUGAAGCAUGUGACCUCUGACCUCUGUGUGACCCCAGCACAACAAGGCGGGAAAAAGAAAUUCCUUACCCUGCAGAAAUGUCAGUCUCGGCCUGAAGAAGGUCAGCAGAUUUGGCAAGAACUGUCUGAUUACCAGUUUCUGCUCUUAUCUACACGCCUUUGCCUGGAGAGCUCACAGAAAAGGGGAGGUAACCUUGCUCAACCGAUGGCUAUGAAAUGCCACAAGUCUGGAGCAGCGCAAGUAUGGAUCUGGUUAUAUGAGGGGGAGAUAACUCAGCUGUACAACCCAGCCAGUGGCAAGUGUCUAUCAGGAGAUGGAAAGCCAGACUCCAACCUGCAGCUGAAUAUCUGUAAAAAUACAUCACGACAAAACUUUAUUCUCGACAACUCAUGAUUGUGUGAGAUAUACUCAUGGAA